AUAUUAUUGUAUUCAAUAGUCUCUAAUAAUUGUUCGAAAUAUUGUGAUUGAAAUAUUGUAUAAGGAUUACUGGCUAAUAACAGAUAAAAUCCAACAACCAUACAUGGUUACGUUGAAGGCUAGACAAAUAUUAAAAUAAACAUUCAUUUUGUGUAAUUCAUUCGUCGUGUUCAGUGAAAGAGAAUGCAAUCUUGUAUAAUUAAUAUUGAAGACGAUUAUACCGAAAAAAGUGAUAAAAGAUACACUAAAAUGAAAAAUAUUCUGUGUAUAUUAGUUUUAGUAUGUUUUUUUUUUUAUAGUAUGGCAAACUCGACAUUUUUUGGAAAGCCAAAAUUAAAACCCAACAAUAACACGAUUACGGUAAAAGAUAACCAGUCGAUACUCAAAGAGAUCAGUUUAUUAAAAGAAAAGAUAAACUCAAUGGAAUCCAUCAGCAUAGAAACAGCUGAUAAGAACUUUUUGCUAGUGUUAAGUGAAGGAUAUGCAAAAGUAGCAAAAUUAUACAAAGCCAUAGGAGGUCAUUUUGGUAAUGACAAGAAACCAACUAUAUCAAUAAAAGCUGAUCAGGGAAAUGUGUAUAAUUAUUAUAAUCACGGAAAUAAUAACACUAUCAUCAUAAACAAAAUCUGUGAUAAUGUCACAGCAGAGUCUCCUAGUGAUGGAUAGGAGUUUAAAUAUUUAUACAGGUUAAUACAGGUUAAUACAGUUUAAUACAGGUUAAUAGAGGUUAAAUAUAUUAAGUUAACUGUAUUAACCUGUAUAAAUAUUUAACCUGUUAUUAUUGUAUUAAAAAAAAAUAUUUAU